UUGAAAGGUUUACUGCAAUGGUGGAUGUUUUUUAUUUGGGUAAUAAAUGAAAAUUCAUAAUUUUAUUCAUUCAAUCAGAAUUAUAGAAAUAAGAAGGGUUUACUAUGAAGUGGCAGUUUUUUGUGAAAUCGUUUAAAUAUUGAAAUUAUUUUAACAUUCCAUUUGUUAUCUGUUACCCUGAUUUCUACGUCAUCGAUAGGAGGAAUUAGCAAAAUCUAUUUCCUAUUAUGAAAUAAGGUUUUGCAUCGCAAUGUUGUCCUUCAAAGGAUGUGUGUACUUGAGAUGAAAGUUCAUCCAAGAGAAUAAUCUGGAUCCGUCAGAAACUUUGAUUUAAAGGUUAAAAAACUGACAAGUGCUACACUUGCAGUUUCAAAUAAGAAAACAUAACAAUGAAUCCAACUGUUGACCAAGUGCCUGGGUUCCACCAAUUAUCAGUUACAGUGGAGAGUGCUCACCUUCGUGGAAAUGUUCUUUUUAAACCGUGUCCUUAUGUAGAAAUCAUAGUAGAUGAAGAUAUAUCCUAUAAAACCGAACCAAGUAAACAUACUUUUCAGCCUAAAUGGAAUGAAAAGCUUACACUUUUAGUAAAACCACACUCUAACAUAAAUUUCUGUGUAUUGGAUAAAAAUAACUUCAGAAAGGAUACAGUGAUCGGUGAAAAGAAGUUGGAUUUACUACAGUUAUUGAGGAUUUUCAAUGGAAGAUGUGAUAAUUUGGAACUAACGAUAGAUUUAUUUAAUGAUAAUAAGCAAGGGGAGAGUGCUGCUACAAAAGCAGGAGAAUUAGUUUGUUUAUUGCAAGGAUUAGUUGUUGAUCUAUCCAAGUAUAUGAGACAAGGGAGUGGUAAUGUACCUCUAACUCCUAGCAAUAGUGAAGUCGAUUUGCAGCGUAAUGGAAUUCUGCUACUUAGUGGUAUUAAAGCAAAAGUUCGAGCAGUAGGCUCGGAAAAUAUGUUGCCAUCUAGACCUAGUUUUGAGAGAUCCCCACCAGUUCCAGCUCCAAAUAUUGCUUCAAUUCCAAUGACUUCAACAUCAACAACGGCAAACAUUCCUAAUGGUUCUAUUGGUCCACCUGCCACAGUACCGCAGAGUAAUAUUAAUCAGAUAGAACCCGCUGGAAGUAGGCAUGAGGAUCCUUUACCGCCAGGUUGGGAAAUGAGGUUUGACACUUAUGGAAGACGAUACUAUGUUGACCAUAAUACAAAAUCCACAUCAUGGGAAAGACCACAACCUCUGCCACCUGGUUGGGAAACUAGAAGAGAUUCCAGAGGGAGGGUCUACUACGUGGAUCACAACACCAGGACUACAACCUGGCAAUGGCCAAACUCAGAAAGAUUGCAACAUUAUCAACAGUGGCAAGGAGAGAGACAGCACAUCGUCUCACAAGGAAACCAAAGAUUUUUGUAUCCUCAACAUCCCACCGGUCCAGUACCAGGACCUUCUACAGCCAUUCCGGAAGAAGAUGAUGGUCUAGGUCCUCUUCCUCCAGAUUGGGAAAGAAGAGUACAACCAGAAGGUCGGGUCUACUUCGUGAACCACAAAAACAGGACGACCCAGUGGGAGGACCCCAGAACCCAAGGUCAAGAAAUCAGCGAACUGGACGAUUAUAAUCUUCCGGACGGGUGGGAGAUCAGGUACACUGAGGACAACAAGAGGUAUUUCGUCGAUCACAAUACGAAAACGACCACGUUUGAAGAUCCUAGACCGGGAGCUCCUAAGGGCCCCAAAGGAGUGUAUGGGGUCCCUAGAGCUUAUGAAAGAUCCUUCAAGUGGAAGAUCAGCCAGUUCAGGUUCUUAUGCCAGAGCAACGCCCUUCCAAGUCAUAUCAAGAUCCAAGUGACCCGCCAGACCCUGUUCGAAGACUCCUUCCACACGAUCAUGCGCUUACCAGCUUACGAACUUCGUCGUAGACUGUACAUCAUCUUCAAAGGUGAAGAAGGUUUGGAUUACGGCGGAGUGAGUCGAGAGUGGUUCUUCUUGGUGUCCCACGAGGCGUUGAAUCCAAUGUAUUGCCUGUUCGAAUACGCCAACAAGAACAACUACAGUCUGCAGAUAAACCCAGCAUCUUACGUGAAUCCGGAACAUCUGACGUUCUUCAAGUUUAUCGGUAGAUUCAUCGCGAUGGCGUUGUAUCACGGCAGGUUUAUCUAUUCCGGAUUUACCAUGCCGUUCUACAAGAGGAUGUUGGGUAAAAAAUUGGUCAUGAAGGAUAUCGAAAGUAUUGAUCCGGAGUUUUAUAACAGCUUGGUUUGGGUGAAGGAAAAUAAUGUCGAGGAGUGCAACUUGGAAUUGUAUCACAGCGUUGACUUCGAGGUGCUAGGUCAGGUAAUUCACCAUGAACUCAUUAAGAAUGGAGACAAGGAAAAAGUAACUGAAGAAAACAAGGAAAACUAUUUGAUGUUGAUGACAGAAUGGAGGAUGACCAGAGGCAUCGAACAGCAAACCCAGGCAUUUUUAGAUGGAUUCAAUGAAGUUGUACCUAUAGAAUGGUUGAAAUACUUCGAUGAGAGAGAGUUGGAAUUGCUGUUGUGUGGUAUGCAAGAAAUUGAUGUUGAAGAUUGGCAGAGGCAUACAAUAUACAGGCACUAUACUAGAAGCAGUAAACCGAUACAAUGGUUUUGGCAGUUUGUUAGGCAGUCGGAUAACGAGAAAAGAGCAAGACUUCUACAGUUUGUCACAGGAACUUGUAGGGUUCCAGUAGGUGGAUUUGCAGAACUAAUGGGCUCUAACGGCCCUCAAAGAUUCUGUAUAGAAAAAGUAGGUAAAGAGUCAUGGCUACCUAGGUCACAUACAUGCUUCAACAGGUUGGAUUUACCACCGUACAAAAGCUAUGAACAGCUGGUAGAAAAAUUAACAUAUGCUAUUGAAGAAACUGACACAUUCGGCCAAGAGUAAUGAAACCUCACUCUUAAUGUGACUGUACCUGAAACAGAAAGUCUGGAUGCCCAAAUUAUUUAAAGAGAGGUUUUUAUAAUAUAUUACAAUUAUUAUCAUGUAGUAAUUAUUGUGCAAUUUACAUAUUGAAUUGUAUAUUUUUGUGAUAUAUGGAAAUGAUACGGCCUUGAUGGGAAUAUGUGUAUUGUUGAAUUAUGCGUUUUUAUCCACAGUAUUUGAUAUUUUUUGUUUGUUUACUUAAAUGUGUUUUCUUUCCUUUUCAUUUUAAUCAGGAAAAGUUUUAGGUAAUGAAAUAGAUUUCAAAACUUCAUUUGACAGAAAUUAUUAUUUUUGGGCUAGGAAAUAUAUGAACAAAAAGCAUUCCAACUAGAAAGAGGUAAAUUCAAUCAACAAAUUUUUUUUAUUGACCACAAAAACUAAUUUUCGAUCUACAAUUUCCAUUUUGUUUUAAAUAUCCAUCCACUAUGAAUACACCAAAAUUAAUUUUAUGGAAACAUGUUCUAAUGAACCAAAUUAUUUUGAUAGCUAUAGAGGUUUAUUUUAAUUACAUUCCAUUAAUCUCUUAGUGUAUCGGAAAAUUAUUCAAGAGUUGUUUACUUCUAUUUUCAAUGAAUGAACACCUAUUGUAAAAUGUUAUGUAUAUAAAAUUGCUUGUAAAUAAGCCCUAAUAAAUUGUUUAGAAUAAAUCUA